AUACACACACAGAGAGACCAAUAUUCAUUUUUCUCAUAUCUCUCUCCCUCUGAGUUUCAACUUUGAACAAUUUGGUCUCUAUUUUUGUUCAUACUAUUAUUACUAGAGAUACAAAAAAAAAAAAAAACUCUCUCUCUCUCAACUAUUAUUUUUUUUUUCUUCCAUUUUUGUUUUAUCUACUAGAACAAUUAUUUCAAAAACUAUUCAUGAGUUUUAUAUCAAUUUGUUCUGUUCAUUCUCUCACUACUCAAUGGUUUUGUCUGUGAUAAAGUCCACUUUUUUUCCUUUUUUGUUUUGGGUUAGACUUGUCUGCAGAUCCUAGAAAAAGCAAGACUUGUAAUAUAACAAGAAACAUUAGAUCCAUGGAAUAUGUUAUAACAGUCUUAGGAUUCAAAAUACUUCAAACAUAAGAAAAAAACAUGAUCAAAGGUUUUUAUGUCUCAACAAGAAUAACAAUCAUUAGUUUUUGAGGAAAACAUGUCUAAUUUGACUUCUGCAUCUGGUGAAGCUAGUGCUAAUUCUUCAGGAAACAGAACUCAUGAAGUUGAUGCCAAAUUCUCUCAGCAAUACUUUGCUUCAUCACAAACUCAAACUCAUGAUGAAACUCCAGCUAAGAAAAGAAGAAACCUUCCUGGCAAUCCAGACCCACAAGCUGAAGUUAUAGCCUUAUCGCCAAAAACACUGAUGGCAACAAAUAGAUUCAUUUGUGAGAUCUGUAACAAAGGAUUUCAAAGAGAUCAGAAUCUUCAACUUCAUAAAAGAGGACACAAUUUGCCAUGGAAGUUGAAGCAAAGAACAAGCAAUGAGAUAAGGAAGAAAGUUUAUGUGUGUCCAGAACCAACUUGUGUGCACCAUGACCCAUCAAGAGCCUUGGGGGACCUAACUGGUAUCAAGAAGCACUUCUGCAGAAAGCACGGUGAGAAGAAGUGGAAAUGUGACAAGUGCUCUAAGAAGUAUGCAGUUCAAUCAGACUGGAAAGCUCACUCCAAAACCUGUGGCACAAGAGAAUACAGAUGUGACUGUGGAACCCUCUUCUCAAGGAGGGACAGUUUCAUAACUCACAGAGCCUUCUGUGAUGCAUUAGCUGAGGAGAGUUCAAGAACCGUAAUUCCUCAACCUACACAGCCAAAUUCUCAUCACAACAUGAACAAUCUCCAAACUCAAGAUAUCCAAGGCUUCACAUUGAAGAAAGAGCAUCAAAGUUUCAACAUGUUAAGGCCAGAACAAGAAGUACAAAUACCCUCUUGGCUUUGUCAAUCAUCCAUUGAUCUCUCUUCAAACUAUUCAAGUUUGGAUCAAGAUCUACACCUUUAUGAAAACCCUAACCCUAGAAAUGGUCCUACUUCUACACUUCCAUCCUACCAACCAUCAUCUGCAGCUUCACCUCACAUGUCAGCUACAGCAUUGUUACAGAAAGCAGCUCAGAUGGGUGCAACCAGCUCAUGCUCAUCACAGUCCAUGAUGAGUGGGACCCACCAACAGGGUCACGUGUCUAUUGUUGACUCUGCCACCAACAACAUGAUAAACUCAAAUGGUAAUUUUAGUUUGAAUUUGUCCUCAUGUGAAGACCAAAUGAUAAACAACUCUUUCUCUUCUUCUGGAUUUCAUGGAACUUCUUUUGAGGAUACUUUUGCUGGAAAUAUUCUUCAUUCAAAUCAAGAUCAUAAUAUCAAUCAUGAUGGUGAUAAUGAUAUUCCAAAAACAACCACCAAUGAUGACGAUGUUGCCGCUGGAGGAAACAAUGCAUUUACAAGAGAUUUCUUAGGUCUUAAACCACUCUCUGAUAGUGAUAUCCUCACCAUUGCUGGUAUGGGAAGUUGCAUGAACCCUUCCAACUCCAAUCAUCAAGAAAACCAUUCCCAAAAACCAUGGGAAGGUAAUUAGUUUGGUGUAUAUAUCUUUCUUUUUUUGCCCUUUUUUUUGUCUUCAUAAUUUAAAAUUUAUUUUAUCCUUUUUGUACGUGAAAUACUGUCACUAUUCUUCCCAAAGGGAAGGGACCAUUCGGAAUCAAAUAUUUUUCUUUUCAUUUCUUAUA